AUACGAAGGACGACCAGCCAGCACCAAGGCCUGCUGCUCAGCGCCGACCUAUACCUUGCCGGCCUUAUCACUCUUUCUUUCUUUCCUUCCACACACAAGUCACUCCUUUUAGUAUCCACUGCACGGCAUUUUAUUGUUUCACCUGCCGUCUUUGUACUAUGAAACUUCACCCUUUCGAACUAGUGCUGUCUUUGCUGAUCAGCACCGUCGCUUCAAAUGCUCUUAAAUUUCCCGUUCAGCAAGCCAAGCGCUCAUCUUUGCAACGAAGAAGUGGGAGCGCACCAGUCUCUCGACCUGCCACUCUCGCAGCUGCGUCGUCAAGCACAAACUCUACUCUUUCUUUAAGUGAUGUCCAUGACUUGAUUUACAUCGCAAACGUUACUCUUGGGGGCAUUGCUUACCCCGUUCAACUUGAUACCGGCUCGUCCGACCUGUGGAUCCAAGGUCCAUCCACGCCUCUACCCAACGCCAAUGAUACCUCACAAACAUAUAAUGUAACUUACGGAAUAGGUUGGGCAUACGGCAACGUUGCUUAUGCCCCAGUCGAGUUUGCAGGGAUAUCUGUCCCAAAUCAAGCAUUUCUUGAUGUCUCAUCAGCUCAAAAUCCUGCUCUCUCUUAUAAUGCAGUCGGUAUUCUUGGCCUGGGUUUCGAUUCUCUCUCAACUGUAGACGCACUUGUCAACUCCACGGGUGCAUCAACAGGCAGAAGCUUGCUCCACAAUCUCUUCCAGGACAACCCACAAGAGCCCAAUUAUAUCGCGUUUUCACUUCAAAGUUCAGUUGAUUCUGCAGAUAAUAUUCCUGGCGUAUUCUCAAUCGGCGAGACUGAAGCACAGUACGCCAACGUCACCAGUGCCAACAAGUUAUCAACUUGGCCUGUCACUUCACCGUCACGUUGGAAUGUUCUGUUGGAUUCUUUCAUCGUCGGAACACAGACAUACUCGGUCUCAACAGGCGUGAAGGGCGCUCCUUCUAAUCAAGCCGUCGUCCUGUUGGAUAGUGGCACAUCUUACACUUACGCUCCCACUGAAGUGUGUCAAGCAAUCUACGGAAAUAUUUCCGGGGCGCAGUAUAAUUCUGGUCUAGGCCAGUGGGUCGUCCCUUGUGACGCUGAAAUUGACAUGGCACUCCAAUUUAACAACCAAAUCUACCCUAUCCAUCCCCUCGACGUCUCUCCCGCCAGUCUCUCUGAUCCUUCGACUUGUGUGGGCUCUUUUGUCCCUCAGAGCGUUUCAGUCGGUGCUGGUCAAUUCGAUUGGCUCCUUGGUGACAACUUCCUCCGCUCAGUUUAUGCCUUGUACGACUUUGGCGACUUCGAUUCUUCAGGUCAAACGGGCAACCCUUACGUCCAGAUGCUAUCACUCGUCGACCCUGAUCAGGCGUCUGUCGAAUUUCACGCUGCUCGCGGAGGCACACCCAACACCAACAUCACUUACAACGCAUCGGACUCUGGCAGUUCCUCAAGUUCUACAUCCGUGAGCAUGUCAGAUGUUGCGGAUACGGUCGACAAAUUAUCAAAGUACCUCCCCGCCAUGCUGGGUGUAAUGGCUCUCAACGCUCUUGUACUUAUUGUGCUGGCUAUCCUUGGAAUGGUCCUCCUGUGCAGGAGACGAGGGAAGACUAGCAGAGCGAGAAAGCAGCCCGGAAGGUUGAGCCCUAUGCCAAUGAAUCCCACGAACAGGUUUUCAGACGCACCCCAAGAGCCUUCGCAUACGUACCAACCGGUCUCGAUGGCACUUACGGAGGACACGCUUUUCGUUCCACCUUCACCUGCUUUCAAAGGUGACAAUUUGAGACCCAGAUCUGUUGCGUAAUGCGGAAAAUGGUAAAUUUCCUACUGUACUCAUCUCAUUGAUCCCAUUUGCUUCAUGUAUAUGCUGUGGGGCCUUUGGCGCAGCAUUGGACAUUCGGACUCGAGUUUAGUAGUAAUAUUCGUAACACUUUGUGGCAUGCAUUGCACAUCGUCGAGUUACUUUCCUUCCUCUGUAUAUAACAUACUUUCCAGCUGGCAGGACUACAUUUGUCUUGUCGUGCAAUAUACCUCUCAUUAGCGCCCCUCAAGUGCGCGCCAUGGAA